UUUAAACGCGCCGUUUCAAUCGUUGAGCAGUGCCGUAUCGUGUCCCACUUUGACACCUCCGUUGACAGCAUUUAUCUCCGCCGCCGCCUCCCCACCGCCGUUCACCGGAGAAAGAGAUAGAACUAUCAACAUGAUCAAUCGAACGCUAUUCUCUGCGUUGAAGAGAUCGAUUCUUCCGUCGUCUACGUCGCAAUCGCAAUUACUUCCGUCAUUCUCCUCCACUUGUCGAUCCGCUAGCACAUUGGUUUUGGCGGAACAUGAUGGUGGUUCUAUCAAUGCUGCAUCCGUUAGUGCUAUAGCGGCUGCCGGCUCUUUGAGCAAAGGCAGUUCGAUCUCCGUCCUGUUGGCUGGCUCAGGGCCUUCGCUUCAGGAGGCUGCUCAGCACGCUGCCUCUUGCCACCCAUCUAUUUCUCAGGUGCUUGUUGCUGAUUCCGAUAAAUUUACAUACCCUCUGGCAGAACCUUGGGCUCAACUAGUCCAAUUGGUCCAACUGAGAAAUGGGUAUUCUCAUGUAAUUGCGGCUUCAGGUUCCUUUGGGAAAAAUAUUCUUCCUCGUGCCGCUGCUCUUUUGGAUGUUUCUCCUGUUACUGAUGUUGUUGCUAUAUCUGAAUCUCGUCAAUUUGUGAGGCCUAUAUAUGCUGGAAAUGCACUUUGUACGGUUCGAUACACUGGGGCUGACCCUUGUAUGUUGACUGUACGAUCAACAUCAUUCCCAGUGACCUCAAGAUCAGCUGAAUCGACAUCUAAUAAGUCUCCUAUAUCUCAGGUUGAUCUCUCAACGUUUGGUGGAGAUUCUGUUGGAAAAUCAAGAUAUGUAAAGCACACAUCUCAGGAAGCAGAACGUCCUGAUCUUGGGAAUGCACGUGUUGUUGUCACCGGAGGACGUGGUUUGAAAAGUGCUGAAAACUUCAAAAUGAUAGAGAAGCUUGCGGGGAAACUUGGUGCUGCAGUCGGUGCCACACGUGCUGCUGUUGAUGCUGGAUUUGUUCCCAAUGACCUCCAGGUUGGACAAACUGGGAAAAUUGUAGCACCAGAACUAUAUAUGGCUUUUGGUGUAUCUGGAGCCAUUCAACAUUUGGCAGGGAUAAGAGACUCUAAGGUUAUUGUGGCUGUGAAUAAGGAUGCAGAUGCCCCAAUAUUUAAGGUUGCUGACUAUGGACUUGUUGGAGAUCUUUUUGAUGUUAUACCAGAGUUGCUGGAGAAGCUACCCGAAAAUAAGUAACCUUCUAUUUCUUAUCACUGCUUGAAUUGUGCUGGAAAGAGUAGAAAGGGGGAAAUAGGUAUGCCAUUUAUCUGAAUCUUUGGAUCAUUUAUCUCAACAAAAAGGAAUCCCCCAAGCAUGUAAAUAUUCCAAGGCAAUAAAGAUAUACAUUCAUAUUUUCUCAGAUUCUACAGUUAUCAGCUGUUCAAAUUUAUGGCUGAACCAGAGAAAAUUUCUUGACCUUUGGAAGCAAGAGACUGCAUAAAAUUGCUACUUUGUGUGAUGGGAAAGAAGAACUAUACUUGCCUACGCAUUGGUGAGUAGCUCUUUUUGACUUUCCGAUGUGGUGUGUUAUUAUUGGUCUAUUUUUACUAUAUUUAAUAGAUAAGUAGAUUCCAAUUAAUAUAUUUGAGAUGGGAAGAAUGAUACACCACAUCAGAAAAUUAGUAGGAGCUCUUACUGACCGUUGACCGUUGCGUAGGCAAGUAUUUUUUAGGAAAGAACGAUGAAAUUAUAGGAACUUUGUAGAUGUCAUGUUCUUUUUUUUUUUUGAGUACAACAUAUGGGGGUGGGGGGGAUCGAACUCACAACCUCAUGGUUGGAAGUAUAUGUCAAUUACCGUUGAAUUAUGCUCGAUUUGACUUUACUUACA